AUGAGAGCCACAGUAUUGCUGGAGCUCGUCCUAUUCAUCACUACCGUCUUCGCCGGUGGUUACCAGGGCGCGUUGGAGCGCGUCUGGCUCUACUACAUCUAUGAAAUCGAUGGCCUCAACGCAGAAGCAGAUCGUAUCAUUGGCUUUGCCUGCAAGGGAGAAUUCAACAAGGCAACGGGCGAAUGCCCCGGCGGUUGGGAAAAGACCAAGUCGAGGGGCCCUAGAGCAAACUUCAACGAGUUAAUAGGCCCUCUGAGCAAACUGAAUGGCAACUCCCUCGUGCCUUUCGGCAGAGACAGCGGCGGAAAUCCCUUGCCCCUUGCCGACGGCGCCGCUGGUCUCGAUCCCCAAGAGACUGCGAAGCACAUCUACCCCGAGAUGCUCAAGGCAACCACCAGCAAAAAGUAUCCCGAUGGCAAGGUUCUCAGCCCACCUGCUUACAAGAUGGUAAAAGGCGGCACGGACAACUACAUCAAGUUCCUAAGUGAUAUGGGGAAAUUGGUGCAGAAGACAUCCAGAAAGGGCGACAACUACAAGAAUCACAAGGCUCUGUUUGACGGUUUCCAAAAGGCCAACAGCAAGGUGCUUGAGGCCAGAAUGGGCGAUCAUGGGUCGUUUCAAAUCCAAGCCAUGAAGGACAGGCUGAGCGGCAAAGGCAUCACGGUCAAGACAAAGACUGUAGGCAGCGGCACUAGCCCGGCCACCGGCGAACCCUGGGAUGUGGUCGACUGGAAGGAGACCAUCAAUGGUGGAGUAACCGACACGGGUAAGAGUAGAGAGGAAGUGGCCAAGAUUGUGGAAGCCGCCGCCAAGGAUUUCUACACCAAGGACACGGCGGCCGUGGCACACAAGCCGGUCAUUGACGCCGCGCGGCGGACGGAUCAGAGGAUGAACCACUGCGGCCCCUAA